GCCUCAGUUUCUUGUUCUUGGCUGACAGGAGUGGCACCCAGUGUGGUCCUCUGCUGUUGUAGCCCAUCUUCUUCAAGGUUCCACUUGCUGUGCAUUCAGAGAUGAUAUUCUGCCUUCCCUAGUUGUAACAAGUGGUUAUUAGAGUUACUGUUGCCUUUCUAUCAUCUCCAACUAGUCUGCCCAUUCUCCUCUGACCUCUCACGUUAACUAGGUAUUUUCGUCCACACAACUGCCACUAAUUGGAUAUUUUCUCUUUCUGUGAUCAUUCUCUGUAAGUCCUCGCGAUGGUUAUGCGUGAAAAAUCCAGUUGAUCACCAGUUUCUGAAGUUCAAAAACCAGCCCAUCUGACACAAACAACCAUGCCACAUUCAAAGUCACUCAAAUCCCCUUUCUUCCCUUGUCUGAUGCUCAUUUUGAACUUCAGCAAAUUGUCCUGAACAUGUCUACACGAUUAAAUGCAUUUGCUGCCAUAUGAUUGGCUUAUUAGACAUUUGUGUUCAGAAGCAAUUUAACAGGUGUACCUAAUAAAGUGGCUGGUGAGUGUAUAUUUUGCAUUAGUAACAUGUUUCAGCCUUGGGGUGGCGCCACAUCUCACAUAAACAGCACUGGAGUGAUUACGUAAGGAUAGGUUUUAGCUUGCACUGACCUCCUAGUGUUGCUCAGUAGCCCAUCCUGUGGUACAUAAUACUGACUCGCUGAUAGCAGAGCUGUACCAUGGCAAAGAUAAAUGGAACUGAUAUACAUUUUGCACCAACUCGUUUCUUGAAUCGUAAGGAAAUUAAUAAAUUUAAAUAAAAAAAUAAACUAAAAAUAAUUUUACCAAAAAGGUUAAGUAGAACUUGAAAUUUAUUUUAUGAAAUGAACGGAUGAACAUCUGUCCACCGUUGCCAACCCCAAAUUUCCGAGGAGCCAUGAACGCAACACGACGUUUGACAGCGAGACAGCGAAACAUGGCGGCUGCUAGCUAGAGCAGCCGGAUAACGCCUUCGUCUUUUAUUGUCCGUCAGCAGUCAGGACAUUUCCUGAACUGGUAGCCAUUCACAGAGAGGGUCAGUGAACGGAUGCUGGCUGUCUUCGCCUAAUGUGGUUUUUAUUCAGCCGUUGUCCGGCAUGUUAGGGCGGUUUGUGAGUCGGUGAGGACGGCAGCCUGGACUAAAGUGACACAACAACAGAGGGGUGAGGGCAGACUGUUCCUGUGAGCUUUCUUCACCUGCCGCCGGUAUGUUUCACAGGUACACUCAGGCCUGUCUGUGAAUUAGCCCUUCACUCCUUCCUCAUCCCUACCCUCUGCUGAUGAUGUCAUCUCCACCAGCAAAGCCGUCCACUGCAUCCCUGGCCCUCGGAUCCCACCUGCGACCCUCCACAGCCCUGGACUCUCUGUCUGUUUCUUCCCUCUUGUCUGGGGAUCUGGAUGAUGAAGGAGAUGGAGGAAGAGGAGGAGAGGCAGAAGGACUGGGAGACUUAGAGGUGAACCCAUAUGAUGGUUUGCCCUUUUCUUCGCGCUACUAUGCCCUGCUGGAAGAGAGACAGAAGUUGCCUGUGUGGAGGCUCAGGCAGAGUCUGUUGCAACACUUGGAGAGUCACAACAUGGUGCUCCUCAGUGCACCAAGUGGAGCUGGAAAAAGCACCCAGGUGCCACAGUGGUGUGUGGAGUAUGCUUUGUCCUAUGAGUUUUCUCAGGGCCUGGUGUGCUGCUCUCAGCCCUAUUCGGUGGCAGCAGUGAGCCUGGCCCUUCACGUGGCUGAUGAGAUGGACCUCAGCCUGGGUCUGGAGGUGGGCUACAGGGUGUCCCAUGAUGAUGGCUGUACACCUGACACCCUGCUCAGAUUUGUCAGUGACACGCUCCUGCUGGAGGAAAUGAUGUCAGACCCUCUGCUGCAUCAGUAUGGUGUCGUAGUGUUAGAUGAGCUCCAGGAGCGUACCGUGCCCACUGAUGUGCUGCUGGGCCUGCUGUGUGAUGUCUGCCGCCAGAGGCCAGACACCUUUCGGGUGGUUCUCCUCACUCACCCAACGCUUGCACCUCGUCUUUCCACCUUCCUGGGACCCUCCAUUCCUCACCUCUCCCUGGACAGCCUGCUCACUGAGCCUCCAACCAGAGAGCAGAGAGAGGGAGGUGGACUACAGCACAGGAAGGCUGUGGAUGGGGAGAAAGUAGAGACCCUGUACAGAGAACUUUCAUCAGGGAAAGAACCCGUGGCUGCCGCCUGUCACAUGGUGUUGGAUCUUCACCGAAGAGGAGAGGAGGGAGAUGUGAUGGUGUUUCUGGCCAGUUCACAGGAAAUAGAUGAGUGUGUUGCCCUGCUGGAGAAGGAGUGUGUAGCUCUGAGUCCUCAGCUUGGACCUCUCAGACUGCUCCCCCUCUAUGCUGGACUAGGUGGACAGGCUCAGCGGGUCUAUGAAUCCGACCCUGAUGCUUCUACAAUGCAUGAAAACAACAGCUCCGAUCGCAUGGAGGGCUCGGUGCUAGGAGUUGGAGGUCUGGGCAUCAAAAGAAAAGUCAUCCUUACCGAUACGCUCGCCGAGGCAUCCUUUUCCCUGCCAGCCAUUCGCUAUGUUGUAGACACAGGCCUUCAACUCAAAACUGUUUACAAUCCACAAAUAAGAGCAAACUCACAGGUUCUGAGGUCAAUAAGCAAACACCAGGCCAACAUGAGAACUCAAAGGGUAAACAGCCAACGUCCAGGGCUGUGUCUCCGUCUGUACCCCCAGUCACUGUAUGAGGGAGGGAUGGAGGAUUCUCACUGUCCAGGUGUGGUGGAGGAGAACCUCAGCCACUUGGUGCUGUUGCUCAAGAGGCUUGAUAUCGCUGACAUGGGACAGUGCAAGUUCCUGGACAGACCAGCCCCUGAGGCUCUAAUGCAGGCCUUGGAGGACUUGGACUAUCUGGCAGCACUGGAUGAUGAUGGGAACUUGUCGGAGGUGGGUAUCAUAAUGUCAGAGCUGCCACUUGAGCCACCGCUGGCCAAAGCCCUGAUCGCUGCCUGCGAGUAUGACUGUGUCGAUGAGCUGCUCACUGUAGCUGCCAUGCUAACAGCUCCUUCUUGCUUCGUGACUGCAGAACCCAGCAGAGAAGAGGCUGCUGUCGCACACUGGCGACCUCUGAUGCACACAGAGGGAGACCACAUGACUCUAAUUAAUAUUUAUAAUGCCUUCAUGGAGCAUAAUCAGGAUGAGGCGUGGUGCACAACAAACUUCCUCAGUCACGCCGCCUUGCGAUUAGCUGUGGUGAUCCGGGCGGAGCUGCUGGAGGUGAUGCAGCGAAUAGAGCUUCCAGUUUCUCCCCCCGCUUUUGGAUGUCAAGACAAUUGUACAAAUAUCAAGCGUGCACUCAUCUCAGGCUUCUUCCUCAAAGUGGCUCAUGAUGUGGAUGACUCUGGUAACUACCUCCUGCUAACUCAUCGCCACGUGGCCCACCUUCACCCCUUCUCCUCCUACCUAUGUCGUCAGCCAUGUCCCAACCCCCCCAGCUGGGUACUCUACCAUGAAUUCACCAUCUCCCAUGACAACUGCAUCCGGAUCGCUUCUGAAGUUCAUCCUCAGAUGCUUGUGGAGCUGGCCCCUCAGUACUUCCUGGGAAACCUUCCCUCAAGUGAUGGUAAAGAACUACUGGUAGAGCUAAGGCAGAAUCUGGAGCCCCCAUCAUGCGAUCAGGAUGGAGCAUCACACGAACACAGCAGGACUCACAGAGACACUGACACAGCAGGAGAGACUCACAAUCAGUCCAGCACUGAGCUCUGUCUCAUCCAAUGAGAUGCAAGAAGAGACGGAGCUUGUCAGGGGAGGACUGUAAGCACAUGGCUGUCACUUUACUGUCUGAUCUGAGAUUUGGUACUUUUUAUUAGUUAGUCUGUGAAAUCUCUUUUUGAUGUGCGAUUUUUAAAUAGAUGCUGGAAAACCCUAAUGUACAAUAAUGUAUUGUUCCUAAUAUACAGUCUGUACAGUGGCUUCAGAAAGCAUUUAGACCUCUUCAGUUUCUCUAUGUUUUGUUAAGCUGUGUAUUGAAGUUAUUUAAAAUUAAAUUUCAGACACCUGCUUUUUAUUUAAUGAGAGAUUGCUUUGUUUCUACAAAAUGAGUGUUGUCACAAGUCUAUUUUUACACUGAAAACAGCAAAAACAUGGAAGAAGUGAGGGGAUGAGAUGUCAUUUAUGUUGAAACACUCUGGCUGAAAGCAAUACACACUACUUGAGUGAGCUGAAACACUGUUAUAGUUUGACCUUUGACCUCUAUGCAGAUACCAUGAACAGAAGGCUUCUCAGGGCUCACUGUGAUGACUUACUGUAGCAGUGAUGUACAGAGCUUCUAUUUUCAACUUUUUGAUACAGUUUGCAUAAUGUUUAGCUUUCCUGGUUAGUCAUUUUGCCUUUUUCUUUUUAAUGAUAUCUAUGUGUCAGUACAGUGUGAGCUCCAAAUAAAUGUGCUUUUUCAUGUUUGAAA